AUGGCCUCCUUGAAAAGAGGUGCAUCUGACGCUAUCAAGUAUGAGGAGUCUGGGUUACGCAAGAAGGCGCUCAUAGAUACAAUUAGUUCGCAAACGGGCGAAAAAGACGUUCACUUUGAAGGUGGUAAUGGAAGUGAGAGUGAAGAUACCAGGGCUACCGGGAGUGGUAAGGAUGAGGACGACGAUGAGCAUGAUGAUGAUGAUUCGAGCGCAGAGGGGCAUGAGGACGGAGUUCCUCAAGCGCGUCAUGCCGUCAAGAAAAUCGGUGCUCAAGAUAUUCAAAUAGCUCGUGAAACCGCGGAAUUGUUCAAGUCCAACAUCUUUAAGCUACAGAUUGAUGAGCUUUUACAACAGGUCAAGCUAAAGGACUCGCACAUUUUAAAAGUCGAGAAAUUUAUGCAUAAACUGUAUGACAUGAUCCAAAGGAUACCGGAGUGGGGUUCUCACACGAUUUCGGAGGUCGAGACGUAUUUCAAAGGCAAAAUCGUGACAGUGCCGUUUGUAGAACCACGUCCGACAGCCUCUACCAAAUACAAGUUUGAAUACAAGACCCCCGAUGUUUCACUCAUCGGUUCGUUUGCUCUCAAGGCAGUGGUGUAUCAGCCCGAAGGAUCAUCAGUUGACAUUUUGUUGACGAUGCCAGAAAGUUUGUUCGAGAAGAAAGAUUUUAUGAAUUUCAAGUGUAUUCACAAGAGGAGCGUAUACUUGGCCUAUUUUACACAUCAUUUGUCGCUACUUCUUGCUGACGAAAAGCUGUCUGAUCUGUUCCACUUGGAAUAUGCAUACUUCAACGGAGACUCGCUAAAUCCCAUUUUGAACAUCAAAUGCAAGCCUGACGCUGCUUCAUCUGAUUACAAUUUCUACAAGACCAAGUUUUCGAUCAAUCUGAUGGUGGGGUUUCCUUACGGAGUAUUCGAUGCCAAGAAACUACGGCCAAACAAAAACUGCAUACGUAUUCAAGACGACAAGGAGACGCGUACUCCAUUUUACAACUUCUCAGUAUUGUCCGCAACCACCUACGAUCAUUAUUUGAAGUUUUUGUACAAGACAAAGAAACAAACCGAAGCGUUUAAGGACGCUUGUAUGUUGGGGAGGUUGUGGAUCAAGCAAAGAGGAUUCACAUCUGAUAUUUCCUACUGUGGCAAGCUCGGUGGUUUCGGUCCUUUUGAGUUUGCUACUUUAAUGAGUGCCCUUCUCAGCGGCGGUGGCGUCAAUGGGAAUAAGAUCCUUUUGCAUGGGUUUUCUUCAUACCAGUUGUUCAAGGGUGUCAUAAAAUACCUUGCGACCAUGGAUCUAUGCUCCGAAGGGCAUCUGCAGUUUUACUCGGAAAUCGAUUCCUCUGCAACCGUUCCCACAUCCAGGUACAUUGAAGAAGGUUUCCAGACUCCAACCAUAUUUGAUAAAACAACGAAAGUGAACAUUCUCAACAAGAUGUCUUUAAGCUGUUAUCAAACAUUGAAGUUAUAUGCACAGGGCACCUAUCGAAAUCUGAAUGACACUCUGAAAGAUCAGUUUUCCAAUAUUUUCCUCACCAAUUUAAAUAAGGUGUCAAAUUUGAAGUAUGACAUUUGUUUUGAUUUGCUCCUCCCAACAGACAGCGUACUGCAAGAGCAGUUUGGACCGGUCGAAAAAAUUCGCUUUAUCAAUCUAGAAAAUUUCGUUGUGAACAAAAUCUCUAACGUGAUGAAAAUCGCCCUUGGCGAACGAAUCUUAUCUUUUGAGAUAGAGCUUUUGAAUCGCCACAGCAGUUUUCCAAUCUCAAGGAGAAAGCCUUCAGGCGGUGCGAACAUAUCAAACAUCAGGAUAAAAAUUCUAGUUAAUCCCACUGAGCACGAAAAAUUGUUGACGAGGGGCCCCGUUAACUCCGACCAAAACUCUCCUGAGGUUUUAUCCUUCAAGAGUUUUUGGGGCAAGAAAAGCUCUCUUCGUCGCUUCAAGGAUGGAACCAUCACUCACUGUUGUGUUUGGCCUACCUCUGCAUCUGAACCUGUCAUUGUCCAAAUUUUGAGUUAUGUUUUUAAGCUCCAUCUUGCCGAAGAUGCCAUCAUAAGCGGCCAGACAUUGAAGCAAUUCCACGAACUGCUGCCACUUCCAAAUCUUCCGGCAAGCUCUAGUACAUCGAUCACCAAUUUAGGGAGUUACUUGACUUUAAAAAAGUCGUUUGAGGAUUUCCACAAAGUGAUUUUUGGAAUGCAACUUCCUCUCACCGUUAAAUCGCUGCUACCUGUGGGAUCAGCUUUUCGAUAUACUACCUUGUGCCAGCCAGUUCCUUUUGCUUUUUCAAGCCCCGAUUUCUUUCAAGAUGUCAUUUUGGAAUUCGAAAGUACACCCAAGUGGCCGGAUGAGGUUUCCUCGUUAGAAAAGGCUAAGGCUGCAUUUUUAUUAAAAAUCAAAGAACAGCUCGAUUCCGGGAAAUACAAGUCUUUUUUCAUUAGGGACGAGUCAAUUCCUUACAAUUUGGAAGUUCUAACCCUGAACGUUCUGACCCCCGAUGGCUUUGGUUUCCGAAUCAGAGUACUCACAGAGCGUGAUGAAGUGCUAUAUUUGAGGGCCAUCAGUAAUGCUAGAAAUGAGUUAAAGCCAGAACUGGAAAGAACGUUUCUCAAGUUUACAGCAAAGUACUUGACCUCAGUCAGGCAUACAAGAACCAUCGAAAACGUGUCUCACGGUUUUCCUCUUUACUCGCCUGUAGUGAGAUUAUUCAAAAAAUGGUUGGAUUGCCAUUUACUUCUGGGACAUCUACCAGAAGAGUUGGUGGAAACUUUAGCCAUGAAGCCUUUUGUCGAUGCUUCUCCUUAUUUGCCAUCGGCUUCUCUUGAGAAUGGGUUUUUGAAGAUCAUCGCAUUUCUCAGCGAAUGGAAUUGGAGAGAAGAUCCGCUCGUCUUAGACUUGGUCAGGCCCAGCGAAAGUGAAGAGCAUGCAGUCGAGUCCUCGAUUGAUGCGAAAAAAUUUUCUGAAAGUCUCACGUUGUCACAGUACAAGACAAUGGAAAGCAAUUUCAGCACAUUGAGAAAGAACGAUCCCCAGGGAUUUCAUGUUCAGUUUUUCGUUGGAUCCAGAAUCGACCCCAGCGGGAUACUAUACUCAAGCAGUGUUCCUCUCCCAAUAGCUACAAGACUGACAGCAUUAUCCAAAGUCGCUAUGACUUUGAUAAAGAACCAUGGUUUGAAUAAGCAGACAAUCGAUCUACUUUUCACUCCCGCUCUAAAAGACUACGAUUUUGUCGUCAAACUACAAAGCCCUGUAGCUUUGAAACUGUCCUCAGGGGUUCUCGACUCCCAAGGUUACAAAAACCUGUCAGAACAACCUACCGGAUUCCCAUCUGACUUGUCUCAACUCAGUGAAAAAAUGGAUCCAACACUGCAGUUGAUCAAAUAUCUCAAUCUGAAAUACAGGAACAGCAUAAUUUUCUCAAGCCAUCAAUACAUGGCUGUCAACGGGGGUUUCGACGGGAGCAGAAACGUUAUUACAGGACUAAUCAAGCCUUUAUUUAAGACUUCACAACGUUUCAAAGUGAACAUCGAUGCUAACAUCGAACCCGUUGACGAUGUGCAAGUUCAAUUGAAUAAAGAGGCAAUUUUCCACGAAAUCGCAGCUUUCGGGCAAGAUUUUGUUACGGCAUUCGAGGUUAAUUAG